AACAAACAAACCUAGAAACCUCCUCUUAGCUCUCUCACUGGUCCCACCUACUGUCUUUCUGCUACUGGCGGUUCAACACCCACAGGAUAAUUCAUUCUCAUCAUCAAUCUUUUCAUUGAUCUUCACUUCAAUUUGACCCAAAUUCAUCACCACUUCAUCUUCAUAUUUCAUCAUACCAAAAAGCCCCAAUUUUUAUGAUGCUUGACUAGUGUAAUUUGAGGAUGGAAGCUGAUGUUUCCAUCCCACUUUAAACCCUAGUUUUUCAACAACCAAAAUUGGAUCUUUAAAGGGUCUUUAGGUUUUGUUGUGGGUUUGAAAAAAGAUGUUGAAUUUCUGGAUCUUUUGCUGCUUUCUUUGUUUGGUGAGUUCAGGGGUGAUUGGUAAAGUUGUUUUGAUGGGGAAUAAUGUCACUUUAUCUUUUGAUGACAUUGAAGCUAGUUUUGCUCCGCGUGUGAAAGGGACGGGCGAAUGCGGAACGUUGUAUCAAGCUGAGCCAUUGGAUGCGUGUGCGCCUUUGGCUAACGGGUCGAUUGAAGAAAGCGUAAACCAGCCCUUUGUGUUGAUUAUUAGAGGAGGAUGUAGUUUCGACGAAAAAGUUCGAAGAGCACAAGCUGCAGGAUUCAAGGCAGCCAUUAUCUAUAACGAUGAUGAUAGUGAUCUUGUUGCAAUGGCAGGGACUGCAACGGGUAUAGUGAUACAUGCGGUAUUUGUUUCAAAAUCAUCGGGCCUGAAGUUGAGUAAGUUUGCCGGUAUAACUUCAAUGCAAUUAUGGAUUAUCCCGGGCUAUGAGAACUCAGCAUGGUCAAUCAUGGCCAUAUCAUUUAUAUCGUUGCUGGCUAUGUCGGCUGUUUUGGCAACUUGUUUCUUUGUGCGUAGGCAUAGGAUAAGACGAGAACACCCCCAAUCUUCUCGUGUUCGGGAAUUCCAUGGGAUGAGUAGUCGGUUAGUCAAAGCCAUGCCAAGCCUUGUAUUUACCGCUGUUUUAGAAGAUAAUUGCACUUCGGCUACUUGUGCUAUCUGCCUUGAGGAUUAUAACGUUGGCGAUAAACUUAGAAUUCUGCCAUGCCGACACAAAUUUCACGCAAUGUGUGUGGACGCGUGGCUGACUUCGUGGAGAACGUUUUGCCCGGUUUGUAAACGUGAUGCAAGGACCGCUAACGGUGAGCCACCAGCCUCAGAACGCACACCGUUGCUUUCAUCCAACCCAGCAUCCAUGGCUUCAUCAACCAUAUUAUCUUCCACAUAUUCAUCAUCAUACGCCCCGUCAUCUCCCGCAAUACAAAUAGGUCAAACGUCGCGUACACAUUCUAACGUUCACUCCGUUUCGAGUACUCCUUACACCCUUCAAAGCCAUCACCAAUCCCCUUACAUCACUCCAUCGAGAAGCUCGUUAGACAUUAGAAACAUUGCAUCUUCUUCAUACCGAUCGUCGUUCAUCACUCCGUCAAGAAGCUCGUUAGACGUUAGAAACAUGGCGUCUUCUUCACACGGAUUGCGGGCAUCGCAUUUGGUUUCGUCGAACUCUUUGGGCUACCCUUCUGUAUCACCGUUAAAUUCCCGACACCUGUCUUCGUAUUACCCGAGUCCCGGAAAUGGUUCGUCGAGUUAUAUGUGGUCGUCUAGUCAGCAGCAGCCGCACCCGUUGCGCUAUAAUGAUUCUGCUGCUAGCUUUUCUCCCUAUGCUUCUGCUCAUUCACUUCCAGAAUGCUGAUUAUGAAAGCCUAUUGUACAUUUGAAUAUUGUGGUGUUUGCUUGCUACUAAUGAUGGUUUCAAUUGUGUUUUUGUGAUUGGUGAGUUGUAGUUAUACGUUUAAAAUCUUGUUAUAUCAAAGUGAAUAGUGUAUACUGUAUACUUUGUUAUUAUUUUUUAAAGAGCGAAUUAACUGUCA